CACAGACUACACCACCCGCCUACACGGCUAUACUUGGCCUCUGAACCUUCUCCAGUCUGCCACACACCACCUUUCUGCACACACACACACACGCUCUCUCUCUCUCUCUCUCGCUCUCACACACACCUGACCCGGCAACCAUGACCACGCUCUCCAAGCAUCUGGUCCUACAGAAGACGCGGGCCCAGAGCCUUAAAGACGUCACCAAGAUCAACCUGUGGGGCUCGGACCUAAGCGAUGUCUCGAUCCUUGCCCGGUGUCCCCGGGUCGAGGUCCUCUCGCUCUCGGUCAACCACAUCUCGUCGCUGGCGGUCUUUGCCCAAUGCCCGCAGCUCAAGGAGCUCUACCUGCGCAACAACGACGUCGCUGAUCUGGCCGAGGUCGAGCAUCUUGCCACACUCUCACACUUGCGAGUCCUCUGGCUGUGGGACAACCCAUGCGCCGACACGCCCGACUACCGUGCCCGCAGGUGA